GCGGCUGUGGGGCUGAGCUUCGUUGUUGUGUAGAUAGGCGCUUAGUUCAGUGUGUGCGAGUGGAUGAUGGACCGAGGGCGCUCUUCCGUUUAGUGAAGCCGUAAAAACAUCUCACAUACACAAAAGUAUACAAAUAAUAGCUGAUAUAGUAACGCUAAGAAAAAAAGGCUAAACAAAGUAGUUUAUCUUUCACAUCCACUCUAUACACACACACGGCAUUGAUGGUAAUGUAUGCAAGGAAACAACCGAGACUCAGUGAUGGGUGUACCGACCGAAGGGAUUCCCAACCCUAUCAGACUCUUAAAUACCCAUCAAAGAGUCAUCCUGCCAGUGGGGAUCACCGUCAUGAAAAGAUGCGAGAUUCUACAGAUCCCACACCGCCGUGCAAAAUGCUGCGGAGGUCUGACAGUCCUGAAAACAAACACAGUGACAACACGGGCCAUGGCAAGGCGAAAACUACCCAUACACACAGAGUCAGAGAGAGAGAUGGAGGCACCAGUUAUUCUCCACAAGAGAAUUCACACAAUCACAGCAGUACUCUUCACAGCAGUAGCUCAAAUUCACAUUCUUCUACUCCAAGCAGUAAUCCAAGUAAAACUUCAGAUGCACAUUAUGAACCUGCAGAUGAUUGGUCAGAACACAUUAGCUCAUCUGGGAAGAAAUACUAUUACAACUGCAGAACAGAGGUUUCACAGUGGGAAAAACCCAAAGAGUGGCUGGAGAGAGAGCAGAGACAAAAAGAAGCUACAAAAAUGGCAGUCGUUAACAGUUUCCCAAAAGAUAGGGAUUACAGAAGAGAAGCCAUGCAAGCGACCGCUACGAGUGGUUUUUCCAGUGGAAUGGAAGAGAAGCAUUCCAGUGAGGCCGGUAAUGCGCACCCUCAGAAUAUUUUGUCUCAGACAAGCAGACACAAUGACAGCGACUACAGACUGCCCAGAGCAGAGACUCAAUGCAGUGCUGCCCCAGAACAGCACAACAGCAAACCAGUGGUUCUGCCAGCUGCUUCUGCCCCAAGCACUGUUUCUUCUAGUCCCUUUACUCUACUACCUGGUCACCAGCCAAAGAAAUCCUUUGCUGCAAAUGGAGCUGCUACUUUAUCGAAACUGCCACCACCCACAUCCUCCACCCCAGUACAGAAAUCUGAAAGGAAAGAAUCUGCACAGACGGAAAAGCCUGCAUCCCAUUCUUGUACCUCCCAGUCUUCCUCCACUUCCAGUUUGAACCCCUCCGUGACACAGACUUCCUCCGCUUCCACAGUCCCUGUUUCUCCUGUCCCACAGUCACCCGUUCCUCCAUUACUCCAGGACCCAAACCUCCUACGGCAGCUUCUGCCUGCAUUGCAGGCCACCUUGCAGCUUAAUAAUGCUAAUGUUGACAUGUCUAAAAUUAACGAAGUUCUUACAGCUGCUGUCACACAAGCUUCAUUACAGUCUAUGCUUCAUAAGAUUCUCACAGCUGGACCAUCUGCUUUCAACAUCACUACUUUGCUUUCCCAAGCUGCUCAGCUGUCUACACAAGCCCAGCAGUCUAAUCAGUCUCCAAUGUCAUUAACAUCAGAUGCCUCGUCACCAAGGUCAUAUGUAUCUCCGAGGAUAAGCACGCCACAGACAAAUACAAAUAAGUCUCUCAUAAACACACCUCCAGUAUCAUCACAGCCAAAGGUUAGUACACCUGUAGUGAAACAAGGACCAGCGCCACAGUCAGUACCUCAGCAGCCUGUACCUGCUGAAAAGCACGGGCAUGAACCUGCGUCCCCUCGGACUCUUCAGCGGUCAAGUAGUCAAAGGAGUCCGUCACCUGCUCCAAACCACAUCCCUAGCAACAGUACAUCAAGUACAGCAUCUGUGCCACCAAGUCCAUCUGCAAGGCAGACGUGUACAUUUACACCCACGCUAGCAGCACACUUCAAUGAAAAUCUUAUAAAACAUGUCCAAGGAUGGCCUGCCGACCAUGUGGAGAAACAGGCAUCAAGAUUACGUGAAGAAGCCCACAAUAUGGGAAGCAUUCACAUGUCUGAAGUUUGUACUGAACUGAAAAAUUUAAGAUCAUUAGUUCGAGUGUGUGAAAUUCAAGCAACAUUACGAGAGCAAAGGAUACUAUUUUUGAGACAACAAAUUAAAGAACUUGAAAAAUUGAAGAAUCAGAAUUCCUUUAUGGUGUGAAUUCAUAAAAAAAAAAAUUGCACAUGGUUGGAACCCAGGAACUUUUGAUCCUUUUGCCCAGUCUUAACACUUUUGAGCUGCUAUUCGGUAGGCUUUGGACCGUUGGGCUGGGUAGGAAGUAUGUGGCAGGGGGAAUGAUUCAGGGGAAUUUACAAGGUAUGAUUUUGUAAAAGCCCUUGAAAUGUAGAUUUCUUGUAGAUGUAUCCAUGUUGUAAAUAAGUUUUGUAGAGUGAAGCCAUGGGAAGCCAUGCGUAUCAGAGCUUUGACUUGCAAACUAAUCAAUGCUGAGGUGGCUAAAUACCCAGCCUUUUACAUGUUAACCUGUCUGCAGAAGCUUUUGUUAAUGGAUCAGUGAACCAUUGCUAUUGAACCAAAAUCUGCAUGGAAUACGGGGGGACAAAUUUAAUAUUUAAUUUUAUGAUUAUAAUACUGAAUUUUUUGAUUAUUGUUAAAUUAUAAGAGACUAUACUUUUUACAUUUUUAUUUGGUUCAGUAAACUGAUGCGAGUCAAGGCGGUUUGUGAAAGGAUAGUGGCCCCACAUUUGACAAGCACAGCAUUCCCCGAAGCAAUGGUUCAAGGCUCUGUUUCAUCAUUCAGUGACCCCACAUUUACUAGGAUAAAUACCAGUGCCUGAUUGUGUGCAUUUAAAGCUGCAGCACCUUGGAACAGUUUGGUCAAAGUACACGAGCAAGGGAUAUAAUCUGAUUCCAACCACCCUGUCUGGAAUAUUGUUGCAUACAGUUUCCUCAAUGCAGGGCAGAGAUUAGUUUCUUUUUAUGUGCUUUUUUUCUUUUUUUUCUGAUUUUCAGUUUUGCUCCAUCCUUUCCUGCUGCUGAUUUUUACUGUACAUUUUAACUCUCUUGAGGUUGUUGUCAAGGCACCUUGGUUUAACCAAGUUUUCAUUCCUAUGUACAGUUCCUAAAAUAAAAUAAAAAGUUGUAUUAAAAGUUGCGGUGAUUACUAGUAUAUCCAAUAUGUCGUAUACAUAAAUUAUUGCUACAUAUUUUCAUUUGCACCCUGUAAGGACGGAAUGCAAGUGCUUCUGGGACACACACACACACACACACGUGCACUGAUGAGCAGUCAAAGUGACAGGAUCCCUGUCCACUGAAACGGGGGUGGGGAUGGGGAUUGAAAAGAUGAAAGGCCGGAUGUGAAAUGUAUGUAUUGUAAUAAACAAAUGUUAAAAGAGAAA